AUGAUACGGCAGAGUCCGUACUGCAUUCUGUCCGUGGGCACACAGACACAUCGGACUCAAACUGCAACCCGGGCCGGCAAGAACCCCGUAUGGAAUGAGACCUUCCAGUUCAACAUCGGCAACGAGAACGAUCUCACCGUUGAGCUAAAGGAUAGUGAGAUUGGUCGAGAUCCGAACCUAGGCAUCGCCACCGUUAAUUUGUCCCGAGUCCGGGAAAUGGGCCAGGACAACAAACAGGUCCCUGUUAUGGAUAUGCACAAUAUGGAGCAACACGGCAUUUUAUCGGUGUCGCUGAGGUGGCAGCCGGAAAUGUACGGCGGCGGCAUGACGGGCCAGCAGAUGUACGGCGGUAUCCAGCAGGGCAUGUACGGCGGCGGCAUGAUGGAUCAGCAACAAAUGUACGGCGGCGGCAUGAUGACGGAUCAGCAGCAGAUGUACGGCGGCGCUGGUGGCGGCAUGAUGAUGGGGGGACAGAUGAUGGGCAGUGGCGACGAGUAUCGGCCGCCCCACCACCAUCACCAGCACCACCAACGCCGCCCCGGAGAGGUUGUGGAGGAGUACGUGGUGAUCGAAGAGAGGCGAUACGAUUAAGCUGCCAUCGCACUUCGGCUGCAGGUCCUCCAUCGUCGUCCUGGGAUACGAAACACUUGUUUAUAGUUCAAAGCUCAUAUAGUGGAAGCAUAUUCAUAAUCGAAGAGUACCUGAAAUGGUGAGAACAUUUGAAUUUGGAGCCUACAAUCAUUUACGAGUAGUACGUUAAUAGUGAAUGUUAUCUAAAUGUUGUCUUACAGGGAAGCUGUCGAGGUAUAGGAUUACCAGCCUACCAUUCUACCUUCUCGGCCUUUAAAGCAUGGGAUUUUGUAUUCAUAAACCCUUUGUGUUUGUCGGAAAGGCUGCGAAGUCUGUUAUUGUCCGUCAGCUGUCAUGUUUUCGUUGCUGUAGAUAGGCGGAGCCGGCUGGCUGCAGGUCGCCACGAGCAUUCCUUCGUUCACAGUCAUCUACUGAUGGCUAACGGAAACGCAGUAUAGGACAUGUUCACACUUGUAGUGCGCCGUUUCAACAUGUAAAAUGAUGGUAUG